AUGACCCCGUCCAACGUGAGCGACUUUGGGCUGGAAAGAAUAUCUGAAAGCGCGGUCAAUGGUGGCGCGAGUUCGAACACUACGCUGCAAGUCUUGGGCGGGGACUUUGAUGCGCAGAGUGGUAUGAUGCCGGAUGCCACUUCGGGUCUGGGAAAUGGACAGUCAGGAAAUAUCAGUGGCGGCAGCAAUAACAACGUCGCUGCUCUUGCGAGACAGAACAGCCUUGGUGCAUCCGAGUUGGCAAGUCCAGACUUGCAGAAUCUCAUUGGAGAUCCAUUCGGACUGGACAGCCACGAGCUUACCAACGCUCAGUUCUCGAAUGACAACCCAAAAAGGGAAGAGGGGCUAGACCUAGUUUCGCCGGCAUGGAGCGAGUUGAAGACAAAGGCUGGAAAGGAGCGUAAAAGAUUACCGCUUGCCUGUAUAGCAUGCAGGCGAAAGAAGAUUCGCUGUUCGGGAGAAAAGCCAGCCUGCAAGCAUUGUUUGCGCUCCCGUAUCCCAUGUGUCUACAAGGUCACCACGCGAAAGGCUGCCCCUCGGACAGAUUACAUGGCAAUGUUGGACAAAAGGCUCAAGCGCAUGGAAGACCGCGUGAUCAAGACCAUUCCUAAAGAGGAGCAGGGCAUUGUGAAUAGUACUGGUCGGGCUGUGCUAAAGCCCGCUUUGCCAGCAGCACCCCUCAAACCCGCCGGCCCAUCUAAGAAACGCGCAGCAGAUCAGGCCUUUGGUAAUGAGCUUGGGCAGUGGGCAGCAGGCACGGCAGCAGGCCCGGCAAGCAAACAAAAGCCAUCGGCAUCGAAAGAUAGUGCUUCAAAGUCGAAGGAAUCAGACGAGCAAAAUCUGCUCCUCGAAGGUGCGGAUAAGCUACCUGCGAAAGAACUACAAGAGCACCUAGCGGAAGUCUUCUUUGACUACGUGUAUGGCCAAAGCUACCAUCUUCUUCACAAACCAAGCUUCAUGCGAAAAUUGGCCCAAGGCGCUGUCCCGCCCGUUCUAACACUAGCAGUAUGUGCAAUAUCCGCACGUUUUUCAAAUCACCCAUCUCUGCGAACAGAUCCGGCUUUUCUUCGUGGGGAGGAUUGGGCAAGCGCGGCGCGCGACAUCGCCUUGCGCCGUUAUGACACUCCAAAUAUCACGAUUCUAAUCGUGUACUUGAUCCUCGGGUUACACGAAUUUGGAACAUGCCAAGGUGGUCGAAGCUGGAUGUUUGGAGGCAUGGCACAACGCAUGGCAUAUGCUUUGCAAUUGCACAAAGAUCUAGACCGCGAUCCGAAAGAUCGUGCCCAGAACGAAGAGGCGGAGCUGACGCCUACAGACCGGGAGAUUCGAAGGCGAACAAUGUGGUCAUGUUUCCUGAUGGACCGUUUCAACUCAAGCGGCACGGAUCGCCCCAUUUUCGUCGGCGAGCAAUAUAUACGUGCACAGCUGCCAGUCAAAGAGACUUUCUACCAGAUGGAGAUCAGUGGUCCCACUGAAGAUCUUGACGGCAAUGUGCCAAAUCCCGUCGAGCCCGGAACUGGACACAUCGCGGACGCGAAACAGAAUAUGGGGGUCGCAGCUCACCUGAUACGGCUCGUGUCCAUAUGGGGCAGGCUGAUCAACUACCUCAACCUGGGUGGCAAAGAGAUGGACACACAUCCCAUGUGGUCGGACGAGUCCAAUUUCYAUAGCAUCAAGAAAGCCACGGAGCAAUGGGAACGCUCUCUGCCACCAUCUCUACGGCACACGACGGAGAACCUACAAAACCACGCGUCCGAGCGGAUCGCAAAUCAGUUCCUAUUCCUGCAUAUCGUCUACAACCAGAUUCUUCUAUUCAUGAACCGUUUCGCGUUACCCACACCUGGAUCACGGCAAAUAUACCCCCCGGACAUGCCCGCACAAUUCAUCACUGAUGCAGCACGCACAGCAGUGGAUGCUGCUAACCAGAUCUCUCUUCUCGUCCACGAUGCCAUGGAUCAUCUGGUGGUCGCGCCUUUUGCUGGAUACUGCGCUUUUUUCAGCAGCACAGUACACAUCCACGGCGCUUUCUCCAAGAACGCCAAACUAGAGGCAUCAAGCAAGCAGAACUUGGCAUGGAAUGUUAAAUAUCUCACGAAGAUGAAGAAGUACUGGGGAAUGUUUCACUUCGUGACCGAGAACCUCCGUGACUUGUAUCGCCGACAUGCGGAUGCUGCGCGUUCAGGGGGUUUGUCAAGCAAAGAGGUUGACCAUGCAAUCUUCCAGUAUGGCGACUGGUUUGAUCGCUACCCUCAUGGCGUCAGCGGGACCGACUACGAAGAACCCAGUACAGAUGUUAAGAAGGAACUAGGCUCAGAUGCGGUACUGGGACAGAAGAGUGACUUGCAAACUGUCGAGGAGUUCUUCUCGAAAUUGAGCACUCCGAACAGAAUCGCUCCCGGACAGCAGCCGAUUAGAAGGACGGCUAAGAAACGACAGCUUUCCAAGUCGGAAGGCAAUAAGACUGGGCGGGCUGUCCAACAGCAAGCGCAGGUGGCAGGCGGGGAGAAUCAUGCUCAGCAACCUUUGGCAUCACAGCAUGUCGUUCAUGACCUGGCAGCCACACAAGCAUUCCGAAAUAACAUGGAUGGUUUCCCACAGCAACCUGCGACCUUUCCUCAGGGGUUCCAACCGCCGCACAAUCCUGCCGUUAUGCCCAUGCAACCAUUUAUGUCGCAGCUUGAUCGCCAGAUGGUUUUCAACUCUUACGCUGCGAAUGCCAACCAAGUACCGGGUGCGGAUUCAGCGAUGAUGAGUCUUGCAGGGAACCCGGGCCUGGACAAUUUUGACAUGAAUUCCUGGGGAAAUACCAUGGACGCAGGGAAUAAUGGCUUCUGGGGUGAUCCUUCUACUGCCUGGUUCAUGCCCUUCAAUAUGGAUCCUGCUAAUGUUCCGAAUGUUGUUGGUGAUGACAACAUCUUUGGCGGAAAUAUGGAUUGGUCGAACAAUUUUGGCGGACUCGGAGACCUGGCUGGGAUGCCCACGGGGUUGACGCCGCGGCCCGAAGGCGAGAACGGUGGUGAGCAAAAUCCAGUGGGCCACACCGGGCUGGACAGUAUGCAGAUGUAA